UUUUGUAAAAGUUAAGCUGUCCCAAAUAAAGUCGAAACAAAAUGGCGGUCGGUGUGGUAGAAAACUAAAACUUUUAGCCCAAAUAUGGGGUUUUCUCCUCUAUUUACCUCUUUGGAGGUAUAGCCAUCUCGUCGUUGACAGCGAUGGCGAAGCUGCAGAAGAGAAACAGAGAAGGAUGAAGAAAGGCUCGAGCGGGCCGUCGAAAGCGGCCGUAUCUAUGUCUGCAGGUAUCAGCUCCGUUCUGGCAGAAACGAAAAGAAUCUACAGGUCCAUACUUGAUGCCAUCCAUAGGUUGGAUGAUGGGCUGAGAGACAAGCGUGCAUACAAAGAAGUCUUCCAGGUGCAGAAUGUAGCUCUCCGUAACAGGCUGAAGGAACUUUGUGAACGGCUGAUGUUUCUGCAACCAGCUGACUAUGGAAGAAAAGCAGAAGAUCUUUUAUGGAGGAAAGUCUUCUAUGAUGUCAUCCAGGUUCUGAAGCAAAAUAAGAGGCAUGUGCGACAAGGCAGCUCUGUGGAAUGUGCCUUCCGCACGCACCUGUCUGCAGCUACAGGCUUUUACACCCACCUGAUGCUGCGGCUACAGGGACUGUUCCAGGUGACUGUUUGGGGCGUGUGCGACUGGCCAGACUUAGCAGAUCCUCUUGCAGGAAAACCACAUGUGAAAUCACAAUGUCAGGAUGAGAAGGUGCGAGAAUGGGCAAAAAGAGCCUGCCACCGUUGUCUCAUCUACCUCGGAGACUUGGCUCGCUACCAGCAGGAGUUUGAUGGUAUGAGGAGUGAGAUGAUGGCUGCCCGGUACUACCAUCAGGCUAUCGCCAUGUAUCCAGACUUCGGAAUGCCACAUAAUCAGCUUGGUACAUUGGCUGGCACCAGCAACCAUGGUGUGGAUGCUGCCUACCACUACAUGCGAUGUUUGUCCACCAUCUCCCCAUUUGAGGGUGCAGCAGGCAACAUUCAGCACCUUCUGGAGAAGAACAGGAAACAGUACAACCAGCUGCCUUCAGAGGCGAAACGGGACCUCCCACCACACAAGCAACGGUCCAAAGAUGUGAAGCGGUUGAUAAUCACAUUCCUGUACCUACAAGAGAUGCUCCAUCCUGACUUCAAAGCCAAUGAGCAGGAGCUUGCCAAGGUGUGUCGUGCUGUGUUAGAGGACUUCAACCUCUGCAUGUUUUACAUCCCUCCCUCUGAGAACCACAGCAUCAGGAAGGGUAACAACAGGGGACAGUGGCUGGAUGAUGGGCUGGUCUUCAAAAUGGUUAUCAUGUGCCUCAUGGCUAUCCACUCCCUACAGAUAUCCAGUUCUCCCCAGAUGUCUGCAGCUGUGGCAUUCACACUAGCCUUGUCGUCACACCUGCUGAACCACACCAACACCAGGCUACAGACGGCCCUGUACGAGGCAGAACACCCGCAGGCUACCACACUCACCUCACAGGACCAAGACAUUGAUGAAACUAAGCCAGACAUGAGCAUAGCUGCCAAUGAAGAUAACCACAGCCAAGCGCUGGAGGAUGUGAAUCUAUCAGGGAAUGAUUACAUCAGGAGAAGACCAAGGGGAGAAGAUAAUCGAGAAACCAAGAAAAAAGGGGCUGCUCCAUCCAAGAAGCGUAGGAAGAAACUGACAAAACUACAACAAUUUAGGCGCCGACGCCGACAUGACAGUGGUUCUGACCUGAGUGACGAGGACCUGAGUGAAGAUGAGUUACUGAGUGUCUCGGAGUCCUCUGAGACAUCUGACAGUGAUGAGUCCACAUACUCAGGUUCAGGAUCAGAGUCAGACAGUGACAGUGCAGACAGUCUGAUGGAAAGUCAGGAGCUCCAGCCAGGCUUUACUGAUGAGAGCAAAACUCCAGAGGCCUGUAACUCCCCCCAGUCUAUCCUGUCCCAGUCCUCGGAAGAGCAUGAUGUAAUGGACAAGAACGACAAGGAAGAAGGGCAUCAAACGAAGGAGAGCAGGAUGUCUGAAAGCAAAAGAUCUCCUGAGCUAAAGGACAUGUCACCAGAGAUGUUCCAGUCUGUUCAGAACCCCAGCCUCCUCAGGAGAAACAUCAGGCUCGCCCCCAGCUUUGACGCACUCCGAACAUCAGAGUCACCCGGGGAGGGAGCUGAUAGGACCCACAACAAUGUGGCACACAAUGGCAACAGGGACUUAGCACCAGCUCAGGAUGAGGUUAUAAACCACAGCAUCCAAACUCCAGCCACAAUAGCUGAGCCAGACAAUGAAGAUGAAGACAUAGACUCAGGGUCAGAAGAGGACAACACCGUCUGCAGCAGUCCUAGUUCCCCAGAGGAGAAGCUAUCCUGUCUAUUGAAAGUUCUGACCAAUCAGGGCCUUUUGCCAACUAUUAAGGUCAUCUGUGAUUGGUUGAAGUACAACACCCACAUCAUUAGGACCUGUGCACAGAGCUCCCAGUCCUUAUGGACAAGGUUGGCCACACUGUUGAACAUGCUGCCUCAUGAGGCACAGCUGUGUGUGUCAGAUAUCUGUGUAGAUGCAGAACUUGGCAGCAUGCUGCAGGGCAUGUCCCAGAAAGACUGGAUCCAGCACCACCCACUGCCAGAGGAUGUCCAGCUCAGGAGUGUGCCUGCCCUGGACCAGUCUCACCGCAGGAUCAUCAUGGAUGUCAGGAACAUGAAAACCCUCACAGCACAUCAGCAGACACUGCUGCGGGUGUGCUGUAUACAGAACUUUGGACACUUCCUGGCAGACCUGAAGGUAACACCCUUCCAGUUUGACUCUGAGCAGGGUCUCUUCCUCGGACCCUCAGAUGUGAAGGAGCUGAAGAAUCAGCGCACCCGGCAAGAACAAGCAGAACUGCAGGCAAGAAAGGCAGAGGAGGAGUCCAGGAGGAACCAGCUGAUGAGAGACAUGGCCCAACUCAGAUUGCAGUCAGAAGUACAUCAGCUGGAAGGCAGUCUGCAGGUAACAGGCCAGGCGCUAUCACCCUACCUAGUUCCAGAUGCUGGCGUCUUGUGUGAUCACAUGACUAUCAUCAAACAGCUGGCUGCAAGUGCAAGGUUCAUCAUCAUCAUCCCCAGGACAGUGAUUGACCAGUUGGAUGUUCUCAAGAAGGAGAGCCAGCAGGCACGGGAUGCCAUCAGGAUUCUGGGGAUGGAAUUCAAGAAGGGAAACAGGUACCUUCGAGCACAGAAGGACUGUGAGCAGGUGAAGGGUGGAUCCAGUGAGAAUAGGAAGUUACGCAGACAGGACAUGAAUGCCUGGCACUUCUACAAGAUGGUGGACUGCUGUCGCUACUUUGCUGGCCUGAGUACGGAGUGUGACCCCUCCGGUAUGGUGACUAUCCUUUCUAGUUUUGAUCCAACAGACACAAUGCUGUCAGAACGUCUACAGUCUGCAAUAACAUCAGCAAAGGAAGCUGGCAUAGAAGUUGGAAAUGUGCUUCAGUUUUUCUCAUCAUGGAAAAGCCCUAGCUGAAUAGGCAGAAAGAGUCAGUGGCUUAGGACUAUAUGAUGCACAUGACCAUGGUCAGAAGUCAUGUAAGAAAUAGCCUGAAAUGGCUACGAAAGUAUAGCCAUCUGAAGUUCCAUCCAGAUACCCACAUAUUGAGUUGUGGCAAUGGAAACCUGGCUUGACAUGAAACCACCAUGAACAGAAAACUGUACACAGUCCAUCAGCUUUGUGGCAAAGCUGGCAUGAUAAGGGAGGGAGAACCAAGUGCAAAAACGCAAAGCAAGUGGUGCCAUCGGAACAGCUGUAAUGUCUUAUGAUUGCAAUGUAAUAACAAUGUAGGCUGAUGCAGAUGAGCAUUGUUAUAUAUUUCUGCUGUUGAAUGCAGGAGAUAGUGUCAAUCUUCUGUACAGGGCAGACAUAUCAACAUGAAUCAAUAAGGAGGCAUUCUAUAGAUAAUGUUUGUGGAAUUUAUUAUCAUUUUUAAAAGCAUUGCAGUCCUGAUAAAAAGCAUAAUUUGAUUCUUUUUCAUUGGCACAAAUGUCCCUAAUGAUAUGUCUGCAGCUCCUUUUAUUUUGAUUUUGUCAUUGCUCAUUGUGUAGGUAAUAAAAUUGUACUUGACCUACAAUAUCAUGCAAAAAGCAAGCAUUUCCCAGGGAUGUAUUUAUGUUUCUGCAGUUGCAUGCCCAUCAAAGGGCAUCAAAGAGUCCAAAUUCAGCAGCUUCUCCUUAUUGGUUGGAUUGGAAACAAUUAUGAAUGCCUGAUCCCUGGGUUUAAUGCCAACCACAGCCUGCCUGUAAGUUGUGGAACAUGCAGGUUCUGAGUAAGUGAACAGAGUUCUGCCUUGUUCUGCUGCACAAAUGACUGCCAAUGUCCAAGUCUCAGGUCCACUUUAUCUUGACUUCAUUGUCUCAUACACUCCGUAGAUAAUCUGUAGUUGGAAAUUCAGUAAGGUAGCUAUUAUGAUGCAAAAUGUGAAAUGAAGAUCUCUGAUUUCUUACAAGAAAAAUUAGACACAGUUUACGAUAAGAAAGAAAUCCUAUCAUGCUGUUUGAUUCAUUCUAAGAUUGGUACAGUACAAUCACUUGGCACCAAGCCUAUUGUACCUGCACUUUGGUUUUAAGAAGAGUGCUAUCUAUCAACCUCUGGACAAUUGGCACGAGACCAGGCAGGCUUGGUAGGUUAAGACAACUCAACUUUCAAGGACGUUUUAGAAUUAAGCUUUUAUUAUUGAUUGAUAACACACGGAUGCCCUUUUUGUUUUGUGUUAUCGGCAGCUUUUUGGAUCAUGUAUUAUUCUGCAUACAAAAUAAACCAUCCAUCUUAUAAAAGGA